AAAAACAAAUGCCACUACAGAAAUCAAAAUAAAAUACCAUCAGAUAUUUAAUUGUAUCUUCUUCAUAUAUCCCGAAACUGCCCACAGAGUUCAGUAUCAGUAUUCAUCAAAACUGAAGCAGAAAGCUAUAUAUACACACUGAACCGCUACAAUCUUUCAUAUCUACAAUCAAAUCAGAGUUUCUUCUGAGAUCGAAAAAUAAAAUAAAAAAUGCCAUCAAGCGGGACGAUGGGCAGCCACCUGGCGCGGCGGCUAGUUCAGAUUGGCGUGCGUGACGUGUUCUCUGUUCCCGGCGAUUUCAACCUAACUUUACUCGACCACCUCAUAGACGAGCCGGAGCUGAAUUUGGUCGGCUGCUGCAACGAGCUGAACGCGGGCUACGCCGCCGACGGCUACGCGCGUGCCAAUGGAGUCGGCGCCUGCGUGGUGACGUUCACCGUCGGCGGUCUCAGCGUCAUCAACGCCAUCGCCGGCGCCUACAGUGAGAACUUGCCAAUCAUCUGCAUCGUCGGUGGGCCCAACUCCAACGAUUACGGUACGAGUCGGAUCCUCCACCAUACUAUCGGUCUGCCGGAUUUCUCCCAGGAGCUACGGUGUUUUCAGACCGUCACCUGCGCUCAGGCAGUUGUUAACAAUUUGGAAGAUGCUCAUGAAUUAAUCGAUACAGCAAUUUCCACUGCAUUAAAGGAAAGUAAGCCAGUUUAUAUAAGCAUAAGCUGCAAUUUGCCUGCAAUUCCACACCCAACUUUUGCAAGAGAACCUGUCCCCUUUUUUCUUGCACCAAAGAUAAGCAAUCAGCUCGGUUUAGAAGCAGCAGUCGAAGCAACAGCCGAGUUUCUAAACAAAGCUGUCAAACCAGUCAUCAUAGCAGGUCCAAAGAUGAGGGUUUCAAGGGCACAACAGUCUUUUCUCGACCUGGCUGACGCUUGUGGCUAUCCAAUAGCAGUCAUGCCCUCAGCCAAGGGCCUCGUCUCUGAGCAGCACCCGCACUUCCUCGGUACAUAUUGGGGUGCGGUGAGUACCACCUUCUGUGGGGAGAUUGUGGAAUCGGCUGAUGCGUAUGUAUUUGUGGGCCCCAUUUUUAAUGACUACAGCUCGGUGGGAUACUCUCUGCUGAUCAAGAAGGAGAAAUCGGUCAUUGUGGAGCCUAACCGUGUGACGAUAGGCAACGGGCCUUCCAUUGGUUGGGUUUUCAUGGCGGAUUUUCUGAAUGCCUUGGCCAAGAAACUGAAGAAGAACAACACUGCCAUGGAGAAUUACAGUCGGAUAUAUGUUCCACCUGGCAUUGCUUUGAAGCUCGAUAAGGACGAGCCUCUCAGGGUCAACAUUCUCUUCAAACACAUACAGGAAAUGCUUAGUGGAGACAGUGCAGUAAUUGCAGAGACAGGAGAUUCAUGGUUUAACUGUCAAAAACUCCGCCUCCCUGAGAAUUGCGGAUAUGAAUUCCAGAUGCAGUAUGGAUCUAUCGGGUGGUCUGUCGGAGCAACUCUUGGUUAUGCUCAGGCUGCAAAGGAUAAACGUGUUAUUGCCUGCAUCGGGGAUGGAAGUUUCCAGGUUACAGCUCAAGAUAUUUCAACUAUGAUAAGAUGCGGGCAGAAGAGCAUUAUAUUCCUCAUCAAUAACGGAGGAUACACAAUUGAGGUAGAAAUUCACGAUGGUCCGUACAACGUGAUCAAGAAUUGGAACUACACGGGCCUUGUGGACGCUAUCCACAAUGGAGAGGGCAACUGCUGGACUGCCAAGGUGAAAACGGAAGAUGAACUGGUGAAAGCAAUAGCAGCUGCGACAGAUACGUACAAGGAAUCGUUGUGUUUCAUCGAAGUGCUGGUUCACAAAGAUGAUACUAGCAAAGAAUUACUGGAGUGGGGAUCGCGUGUUUCUUCCGCUAAUAGCCGACCUCCGAAUCCGCAAUAGGAAGUUCUUUAUAGUUUAUUCUGUAAUUUGUCGACAGAGUAACAAUGGAAGUUCACUGUAUUUCGAGACAAACUAUCUUCUAGUAUUUUGUACAAGCUCCAGAUAAUCUAUGAUAAAUUUUCCCUGUUUCCUUUUUGC